AUGGCUUCCGGCGACACGCCGGCGACGGCUGGGCCACUGGAGGACUUGCUGCAGCCCACGCUUGCGCUGCUCGGGGUUCGGGCCUUACCGCAGGCAGCGGCCGUUAGCCGUGCCUGGGCAGCCGCGGGCCGCGAUGAGACAGUGUGGUGGGCGUUGCUGCAGCAGUUCUGGGACAUCGAUGAUCUCGAAGGAGUUUCGCCCGGGUUCAGCUCAGCACGCGAGGUGCUGCAGAUGGCCUUCACGACUGCUGCGUGGACGAAGAGGGCCGUACCUGGGGAGCUGAUACCGGCGAUAGACGACCCGCACUUCAUCUCGGCCUGGGGAGAUUUCUGCCCGGAGGUCCAAGCCUUCUUGUUUGGCAUUUCCAGCGGUGCCAUGCCCACACACGAUGGGAUUUUCACGUUCCACUGCCGCGGAGCUACACCGGUCCACUACCGCCACUGCGGAGGAGCCGAGAACUCGCCUCCUUUGGGUGGCCAGGUGACUGGUGGUACCUGGCAGUGGAGCCCUGACAAAGUGGAAUGGUACCCCACAACUUCGCAGGAUAUCACCCGAGGUCGUUUCGGAAACGGCGGCUGGCGGCUUGUGUACCAGAAUCGGCAAAUCGUGGAAAUCUUGCAGCAAUUUCCGCUGGUGCCGUUCUUCCGCAAGGCCUUUCGCUGCUCCGAUCCGGCCUUGACCCUGGCGCCAAUCUUCAACGACAAUCAACUCUCGAAUUUCCGUCGGAAUGUUGAGUUCAUCUCUUCGCCGACGCCUGUGCUUCCUGCUCCGACCACUCCUUGUGUCCAAUCGGGUGCCUUCACAACGCACCUCCUCUUCUUGCCGGCGUUGCAGCUUACUUGUCUCGAAACAGGUUGGCAGAUUAGUAGCCAGACACUAGACCGGCUUCCUCCUGGUUCGGUGACCUUCGGUGAGUUCGUGAAGGGGCUCGACCAGCACCAUUUCCCCGAGUGGGCGCGGGGCACCCCCAUGGCUGCGCACUUCUUCAUGUACUGCCAGCAGGUGUUGGCCAUGAUGCGCUUGCCUCGCGACCCGCAGCGGGAAUUCCACGACUGGUGA